AUGUUCACAAUUUAUUCAAUUAGAAUAUAUAACCUCCUUAUGGUGAUGCUAGUUACCGUCUUCGUUAUGCCAUUUUUAAGUGUAUUUUUAGCAGCUUUUAAGUGUGAAGGAUAAAUGCAAUGCGAUUCAAUCCUUUAUUAUAUAAUGGUAAUUUUAUCUUCUUUGGGAAUUGUCUUGCUAUUAAUUUGUCUAAUAUUUUUUGAAAUCUUCCUGGUGGAUUACAAGUAUCAUUUACUUAUUAUUUAGCCCAUUCACUCCAAUUCCUUAUGCGUCUAAAUACACAAAAUUAAAUUGGAUUGAAUUGAUAUUCAAAAUUUAUUUGCCAUUUUUUGCUGUAAUGGAUCCAUAAUAAGAUGCUGAAAAACCAUUUAUAACAAUUUUAUGUAUCAUGUAUGCAAUGAUGAUCACUAUGAGAUUAAAGACAAGGUAAUUCAUUGAAAAUAGUGUUAACAUAAGUAAAUUGAGUUAGACUUCUUUAUUAUUUUGGACAUCCUUUGUAUCAGUUUGCCAUGCUUAUUUAGAUCAAGGGGAGGUAGAUGAUAUGGGAUUCUUUUAUGAAGUAGUAUGUUCACCUAUUGUUGUCUACUGUUGUUUUAAAUUGAAUAAAAGCCCUGAAUUAAUAACUCAUAUGAAAAAAGAUAUAUAGUUAGAAGAAACUGUUUAAGAGAUGAUAUUCUUGAUAGAAAAUAGAGAAAAGCCUAUUAAUCGAAUGAAAUUAGAAGGGUUUGUAAAGCUUCAUUAAAAAGAUUGUUUAAAAUCUGUUGAAUAAUGUCCAUGUUCCUCAAUACAUUAAGAUACUUUAAGAAAUUAAGAUGAAAAAACAAAUGAUAAAUAAUCCUUAGACAAGACAAUCAGAUGGUAUGCUUUUGUUUAAGCCCUUAUAUAGAAUUCGUCUGAUAGACUUCAGACAACAAGAAUAUAAAUAAUUCGUUCGUAUGUAUUAUAAAAAAAGUUAAAAAAUAAAUUUAAAGCAUUUUAUGAGUUGGCAAUAGCCCAAAAAUAGAGACUAUAAUUCUAGGAUGAGUUUUGUAUUUACAGAGUGAUGAAUCAAAUUGAAUUGGAGAUGAUUGAAUAGGAUAAGAAUUAGGAAAUAGAUGUGUAAUAAAUAGUAAACUUUUAAAACUAUUACAUCCAAUUCGAAACAGCAAUUGAGAAAUCAGUGAACUUGCAUUUAGAAUAUUGGAGAGAAUUAUAAGAAGAGUCUCCUGAUAUUGGUAAAUUGCAAUAAUUGGGAGCAUCAAUAACAUCAUCAAUUGAUGAGACAGAACAACUUUAUGAUAAAUUGAUUAAAAUAAAUAGUAUCCAUUUAAAGACAUUAGAAAUAUAUGGAAAUUUCUUAACUCAUGUAGUUAAUAAUGACAUUGAAGGGACUAGAAUAAUUGAUAAAUCAGAUCAAAUUAGUAAGAAUCUAGAAAUUAAUCGAAUUAUCGAUAGUGAGAAAUUCAAGUAUGAUUAAAAUAGUGACACUUGCAUAAUCACAUGUUCAGUUAAUAUUGAGAAUUUAGGUGCUAUAACUAAUUGCAAUAAUGAAAUACAAAAAUUGUUAGGCUAUAAAAAAGCUGAUCUAAUGAGAUCAAAUGUAUCAAGAAUUAUGCCUAGAAUUUUGGCAAGUGUUCAUGAUGACUUUAUCAGAAACUUCAUUUAAACAAGUUAAAGUAAAGUCUUAGGAAUAGAGAGAUAAGUAUUUGCAUUGAAUAAAAGUGGAUUCUUAGUUCCAUGUUCCUUAAUGAUAAGAGUCUUACCAAAUUUAAAGAAUGGGUUAUAAAUAGUCGGAUUUUUAAAGAAAAGUGACAAUACUGAUAGGUUUUUCUAUCUAAUGUUUGAUGAAUUAUCACAUUCUAUACUAGGAUUUAGCGAAACAGUAUAUGAUAAGUUCGGAGUUCCAUCAGGUGUUGCCAACGGUUAAUUAGAUCUACCAAUCGUUGACAUAGCACCUGAAUUACUUGAUUUCUGUAAAAAACAAGGAGCCUUCAAUUUUACAAUUGAUACGACAGGAUUAUCAAAUAACUAUUAGAUUGCACAGGAUGAAAGUCUGGAUGAUAUAUAAUAACAGGAAGAUCAAUCUGCUUUUUAUGGUAUUUCAAGAGAUCCAUAUGAAUAAAAUGUACUGCUCGAGAGAAAGGAAUACAGUCAAAUAAAUGAAAAGACUGCAAAUAAUGAUAAAUCAAUGUUUAAUGAGAAGACUAUUACACAAGACCCAAAAUUAAUUAAUCACAAGUCUUUGAAAUACAAAAGUGCUUUAGUAAAGGGAUUACUCGUUGAAGAUUCAGAAUAUGCCAAUGCUAAAAUAAAAAUUAUAUAAUUUAUUGAAGAGUCUUAAGAAGAAUUGUUAAAUAAAGUAAUUGAGGACAAGAAAUUAGAAGAAGAAUAACCAGAUGUUGUAGAGAAUGUAAUUUAGUCAGAAGUAAGUGGAGGAUCAGGUCUGUCUGUGAAUGAAGAAAUUAGAUAGAUAAAAGAAUUCAAAAUACAGAUGGGUGAGAAAUCAGAAGCCUCUAAAAUUAUUAUGUUAAACAGAAUAAUAAUUUUAUUAUCUACUAUUUUAAUUGUUUUAUCAUCAGUUCAAUUAGGAUAUCGAUUACAAUAAAAUGAUGAACUGCUAAAUGGUCACUCGGCCAUAACAAUGGCCUACUAUAGAACUGGAGUCAUGGCUGAUGUGGUAUUCUAUACCAGAUAUUUAUAAUUGAUGGCUUAUGGAAAUGUUACAUAUGAUCAAAGUUUCAGAGACAAAGUAAAUUAUUGUAACAAUUAUUUAGUUAAGUUAAUAAGUCAAUCAGCUUAAGUCGAUAUAAUAUUCUCUUAUAAAGUCUCGAAUUGAUAUGGAAGCUAAGAAGAAUGUAUUUUCAGAUACUACUAUCAAUGUGACUUACUUAUAUGAGAAUGUAGAAUAGAAUUACUCAAGUUCCUUAAGUGAUGCUAUAUUCUAAUUAGUUACAUCUGCCUCUAUUAUAAGAAAUGCAUCAUUAUCAUCUUUCAUUGAUUCCAAUAGUGUAAUCUAAUUAUAUUAUCAAAUAGACCGAAAAUACAGUCAAAAAUGUAUUCUUUAUCAUUAGAAAUGGAUAUCAAUUACUAAGAUAAGGAUCUUAAGAUGUCUCUGAAAUCUACUAUGACUUUUUUGUUUUCAUAAUUGGAGACUACGAUUCAAUCUUCUAUGCUGUCUUAUCAUUAGCCAUAGCAUCCUUAGUUAUUGCCUAAUUCUUUUUAAUUCCCAUUGUGUUAAAAGUUCACAAUAUUAAUAAUAAAGUCAUGUCCUUAUUCGGACUAUUGACUUAAAAGGAUAUCAAAGAACUGGCUUAGAGAAGUGAAUAAUUCAAGAAUACUUAUCUAUCAAACAUGCAAAAUACCAUUAAGGAAUAAGCUUAAGCAAAAGCAGAAUUGGAGAAAUUGUAAGAAAAGCAAAAGAAAUUGAAGAAUUAGGAUUAGAAUUUGAAUGAUUAAUCAAAUGUGAUUGUAGAGAUUAAUAACGAGUAACCGCAGCCAUCAAAUGAUGCUCCAUUAUCAUCUAAUUAAUAGCCUUUACCUUCAUCUUUACCAACUCAUAAGAAUAUUGACAAAUUGCAACUACAAUAGCAAUAAGAACAUGAUGAAUAACAAAUUUUAGACUCAGAAGCUAUGCGAUAAUAGAAACUAUUGAACUCUAAGGCUUCAAAUACUUUUUCUGUAUCUAUGAAAUUUAUUCUGAUGAUGAUGAUAUUUAUGGCCUACUUCAUAGUUAAUAUUACUUUAGAACAGUAAUUGACUGAUCAAUCUGUCAUUAUAUAUAACCAUCUGAAAUAUAGUUCUAUCAGAGCUUAUAACCUCAAGUAUUCUAUUUAUUUUACUAUUGAAUAAAUCUUGUAGGCCACCAAUUAUAAAGAACAAUACAUAGAGGCUUUAUAUGAAAAUGAAAGACUCUGCUUGGAGUCUUUACAGUAAUCAUUCUCAUCAAAGUUUGAUCCCUAUAUAUCUCUCUAUAAUUAGUUCAACCUACAAAGCUUAUGUCUCCAAUCAUUUUCAACAGAUUAAUUUACAUUAGAUGUAAAUCAGUGUUCUAUUCUAUCAGGAGGUAUUUUGGAUAGAGGUUUGAGAAAUUCAAUCACCUCCUUGGCUUUGUGGGCCAGCAAUACAAUAUCCACAGAUAUUAAGAUUUUGGAUAGUUAAUAGGUUAAAAACUAUAUUGAAUAAGUUUACUAUAUUGAUUAAGCUAUCGUCUAUUUAAAUGCUUAAUACUCUUUAGGCAUGUCAGAUUUUGUGGAUUCUGAACAAUAAAUAGAGAAAAUUAAAUUUUCUGUCUUUAUCAUAGGACUAGUAUUCAUAUUUUUAUUCAUUUGGACACCUUAUAACAAAGAAAUGAGUAGGUAAAUUUGGAGAACGAAAGGUAUGCUAAAUAUGAUUCCAUUUGAAAUGAUUAAGGCAUAAGAGAGUUUGAAAAACGCAUUUCUUAAGGGAAAUAUCAUAGCAGCAGUUAAAUGA